UUGAAAUAAAAGAAGAAAUUGGUAUUGGAAAAUCAGAUAAAUUAUAUUUAAAUAACAACUCAAGAUUAUUAGACAUCAUACAAGAAAAAUGGCCUGACCAUAUGACAAUUUAUACAGAUGGAUCCAAAACAAAUGAAAAAGUUUCAUUCGGAAUAUAUAUUCCUCACAAAAAUCUAUCUAAAAGUGGGAUUAUUAAUCAUAAUUCAUCUAUACUUACAGCAGAAUUAUAUGCUAUAUAUUUUGCCCUAGUAUUGAUACAUAAUGAACCUGGUAGAUAUAUAAUUCUUACAGACUCCAAAAGUGCAGUGACAGGACUACAAAAUAUGCAAUUAAAAAUAAACAUGAAUAACAUGAUCAUGAAAAUAAGAGAACUAUGGUUUGAAUUAAACAAUAAUAACUUCAAUAUAAAAUUGUGUUGGAUACCGGGACAUAGUAACAUUCAUGGAAAUGAUAAAGCUGAUAAUAUAGCAAAAUCAGCCAGCAUUCCUUGCAGUAAUAAUAAAAUACAAUAUAUGGACUUGAUACCAUAUAUAAAGAAUAUUUCAAAAACUGAAUUUCAACAAUAUUGGGAUAAUUCCUCGACAAUUAAAGCCAGGCACUAUAAAGAUAUACAACCCAGAAUUCAAGAUAAACCAUGGUUUUGUCUUUUUCCUUUAUUACCACGAAAAAUACAUACAGCCAUUAGCAGACUCAGAAUAGGGCACUGUAGUCUUCCCUUUCAUCUAUACAAAAUUAAAAUUAAGGACACAAAUUUAUGUGAAUGUGGAAAGGAGGGAAAUAUUAAUCACUUCUUUUUCGAAUGCACAUAUAUUAUAGAUAAUAUUAAUAAUCUCUACACCAAAUUGUUGGACAUGAAAUUGCUUCCACCUUUUUCGUACCAAGUUUUAUUGAGCGAAUUAAACUCAGAAAAAAUCAAUAUAUUGAGUAAAUUUAUUGAAAAGACAAAAACUAAAAUAUAAAUAUAUAAUCUUAACUUUAAUAUACUAGUAUUCUUUUAAGUAUAUGUUAUUGUAAAUGUUAUUUGUUUGUAGAUUGUGAUGUGUUGUCAUAGAUUUUCAUGGGAAAAGUUUAGAAUUGAAUCAUUCCUAUAUGUUAUAAAACCUCUACCCUACUAAAAAUGGGAACUAACAAUAUACCUACCAUAAAUGAAUCCUAAAAUCUCAAAAAUAACCACUGAAGUACAAAAAUACCGGAUCUGGUGGAAUUGAUACCGCAAGGAAUCAGAAAACCAAGAAGCCUAAAAAAAGAAGAAGAAGAAGAAGAAGGACAACAAAGUUAAAACAUAAAACAAACACAAAAAAACAACAAACAGAUAUCAACAGAGACUAUAUACUCAAACCUAAUAAAUAUAAGAAAUAAAUAAAGGAGAAUAAUACAUCAAGCCACAAAUAAACAAUUUGUUUCCGAAUCCGAAAUGUCCGAAGAAGUUGAUGUCAUUAGUGAACAGCCUGGACGAUUUUCAACAAUGCAUACAACAGAUCAUCAGGCUUCUCUUAAUCGAAUCUCUGAAGAGUUCAAUUUUGCAUUACCAAGUAGCAGUGCUAGUGCUAACAAGAACAUAGUGGAAGAAACAUCUAAAUACACCUACCCAACACAACUGACAAAUUCAUUUGAUAGAGAAAACUGGACUGUAUCAACUGAUCACUGUUAUGCCCGUCCUUGGAACUGGAGGCCAGAAGCUAGUUUUUUAAGACCUACUAAGUCCUUAUUUGUACCUAGGUUGAUACCAGAGAAACGUAAACCAACUCAUUCUGAUCAGGAAGAUUUAAUAGAUGUUACUACAGGACCAGAACUAUCUACUCCUUUGUAUGAUAUUCACAAAGCUAGGAAUAUGAUGGAAGAAUGUGAAAAACAUGCAUUUUCCAUAAGGGUUGAUGAUGAUGGAGACUGGGAAGAGAAAAUUUCAAAAUUGAACUGGACAAAUGCCCAACAUAGAGUGUUUAAUGCUAUCAUUAAUAUAUUAAACAGUUAUAGUCUAGCUAAACUAACUCAGAUAGGAGUCCAUAAUGAGCCAUUGCUGAGACGAACUGUUAUUGACAAAGCUGUGCAAAGAGUGAGACGUCUACUUGCCUCUGUAUCAUGGGAUCCAAAAAUCACACAAUGGUUACAUCAAUUACUGAUUGAUAAUCUUGACUCUCACUAUCUAGCUUGUUACCUAGAUAUUCUACAGACCCUGAAAUCCAAAUUACCUUUAUUUGUGGACAAGAUGAUGUGUGGUCCAAAUUCUUCAACCCGAAUGGGUCCACUGAACAAUACAAAUUUGAUGCCUCUAUUAGAAAGAAACUGGGACCCCGUUAUAUCUACCUUAAUACAGGAUAAACCAAAGAGGCUUCCAGGAAAUCCAGUGAUAGUUAUAGUUCCCUCAGGUCCAGUAAUGUCCAAAAUGUUACAGAAGUGGAUAAAGUUGCUCUCGCAUCUAGCUACUGUGGUCACCAUACCAACAAAUUUCGGUUCUUCGAGUCACCGGAUGGGAAUGCCCAAUAUUCUAGACCAAAUAUUCUCCGUCACAAAAGGCAAAAUCCAAGACGUACGGAACGAGUACCCCGGCAGACACAUCGUCCUAUUCGGUUUCCGCAGCGGGGCCACUUUGGCUCUGCAAAUAGCCCAAGUCGAGUCGGUGUUGUGCGUCGUUAGCGCGGGCUUCUCGGUUUGGACGGCAGAGGGCGUUCGAGGCGAACCCGACGAUAAUCUGUUGGAGCUGCAAUGUCCCGUGCUGUUUGUCAUCGGCCAGUGUUCCAGCACUGCAACGCAAGAAAAUGUGGAAGAUUUAAGAGAAAGAAUGAGAGUUGAAACUGGGCUCAUUGUAGUUGGUUCUGCAGAUGACAUGUUGAGAAUUACCAAAAAGAAGAAAAAAGCUGAAGGAAUAUCGCAAAGUAUUGUGGACAGGUGUAUUGUCGACGAGGUCGGCGAGUUCAUAAGCAGCCUGAUCCUCUCCCCUUACCCGCCGCAGACCAGGCAGUCCCCCACUAACGUCGUCGCCGAAUCGCCCGCCAAAAAAGGUAAACCGGAGCGCAUGCGCUACAACUCUAACACUAGCUCCUUGGACAGCGAACCGCCGUCGCCUUCACCGACACCGAAGCCUAGGAGACCAGUUGGUCGACCGCCCGGCUCCAAGAAGAACCGCCUCGGCCUCGAAGCAAAAUGGGCCCAAGAGAUCGCUCAAGGUAACCCGAACAAUCCCUCCUCGCCUAGCCCCCCACCACCAUACCCCACCACUCACACCCCUGACACAUCGUCCACCGAUAGCUCCCAACCCGACAAACAACCACAACCACCCAAACAACCACAACCACUCAAACCGACCGCCGACACCACCAACGUUAGGAAAAUCAGGACGCUAAAGCCGGUCAUCGGGCCAGACAAAGCGACCACACCGACGUCGCCGGUGAAAAAUCCACCGUCGACGCAACAAGCUAGAAUGCAGGCUUAUGGGAUGAACAGGGCAAUAGUACCACCUCAUAGUAGUUCCUUGUCAACAUUGCUUCAAGGGGGGAUUAAGACUAUUCCGCCAUCUCAGCCUAAAUCUUCGUCAUCUGGAAUCAAAGUCCUCGAGAACGUCACCUUAAACAGCAGCUCCACAGCUAAACUCUUUCACAAUAGGACAAUUGAUUUAUCAAAAAUAACCCUUAUCAACUCAGUUAAAGGUACCAGCGGGUCUAUGAAUAAUGUAUUGCUAUUGCCUGACGGAAAACUGAAGUCAAUGCAUGGUUCGACGGUGAAGGGAACUGGCGGCACUCCCAUCUUGCUGCCUCUCAGUCCACAGAAAGCACCACCAAAAAGAAAUAAAUAUAUCACAGCAAAGCGACAGCAGAAAGCAGCUCACAUGGUGAAGAAACCAUUUUAUAUGCCCGCCACCAACAUCCAAGCACCUUUACCACCUCCAACCAAUCUCACCUCUGAAGACAUAAUGGAUUUACCAAUCAUAUUCGCCGACGAUAACCAAAUCCUCGACACACAGUUGAAUACCACGCCUACCAGUAACAUUUCCACCGCCACCAUACCAUCAAUGUUAUCAAAAAAUCCACCACCAUUGUCGAUCACUCCAUCUACAGCAAAAUACUUGUUGGUGAAUAAGCAACAAGCGAGUCAAGGAAACCUCAUGGUCACUCCGAACAUAAAGAAACAACAGAGUCCGAUGGCAUUCAAUAAAACGCCCAAAUACACGAAAAUAAUCCUUUCGAAGAAGGCCAGUGCGGAGGAGCCCAGAACGAGGAUGCUAUCUCCGGAAAUCACCAUAAAGAAGAUCGCCAAGCCGCAGAGUCAUAAUAUAGUGAGGACCGAACCGCCACCUGUCGUGGAACUGAUCGAUUUGGAGAACGAGAUCAGAGCUACGGCAGUGCCGAAACCGUACUUGUCGACGUCGGACAUUAAAAAUAUCAAAAUUAUCUCCAAGAGUGCGGGAGAUACGUUCGGCAUGAAUUUCUUUACGGGAGAGAGGCCCUCGGGGUCCAAGAGGCCUCCUUCUGUUGUUGAGAUUACUGAUGACGGAGAUCCGGACUACAUUCCGCCAAAAAAUAUCAAGUUACAGUGAUUUAGAAUUUAGAAGUUCAUUUGUUUUGUAAUUUAUUUCAGUUACUCGAAUUGUAAAAUAUCUGCUGAAUAUAAGAAUAUAUUCGUUUGACAGU